GGGGGCGGCGCUCAGCCGGUGCGGUGCCGUGCCGGUGCCGGUGCGGUGCCGGUGGCGGUGCGGCGAUGGCGUACGACGAGAAGCUGGCCCGGUUCCGGCAGGCUCACCUCAACCCCUUCAACAAGGGCCCCGAGCCUCCCGCCGGGGGGGGACCCGAGGAGCCGCCCCCCGGUGCCCCCCCGCCGGCUGCCCGGCGGCCGGAGCCGUGCCCGGGGGACGCCGAGAGCCCGGAGCGCCCCAUGGACCUGGGGCUGGCCGAGGACCACUUCUCGCGGCCCGUGGGCCUGAUCCUGGCGCCCGACGUGCGGCAGCUGCGCCGCGCCAUCGAGGAGUGCAAGCGGGCCAUCCUGGCGCUGCCCGAGCACUCGGAGCGGCAGAAGGACGCCGUGGUGCGCCUCAUCCACCUCCGGCUCAAGCUGCAGGAGCUGCAGGACCCCGACGAGGAGGAGCCCAACAUCCGCGUGGUGCUGGAGCACCGCUUCUACAAGGAGAAGAGCAAGAGCGUCAAGCAGACGUGCGACAAGUGCAGCACCAUCAUCUGGGGGCUCAUCCAGACCUGGUACACCUGCACAGGGUGCUACUACCGGUGCCACAGCAAGUGCCUGCCCCUGGUCACCAAGCCCUGCGUCAGGUCCAAGGUGAGCCACCAGGCCGAGUACCAGCUCAGCAUCUGCCCUGAGAGCGGGCUGGACAGCCAGGACUACCGCUGCGCCGAGUGCCGGGCACCCAUCGCCCUCCGGGGGGUGCCCAGUGAGGCCCGGCAGUGCGACUACACCGGCCUCUACUACUGCAGCAGCUGCCACUGGAACGACCUGGCCGUCGUCCCCGCCCGCGCCAUCCACAACUGGGACUUUGAGCCCCGCAAGGUGUCGCGCUGCAGCAUGCGGUACCUGGCGCUGAUGGUGUCGCGGCCCGUGCUGAAGCUGCGGGAGAUCAACCCCCUGCUCUUCAACUACGUGGAGGAGCUGGUGGAGAUCCGGAAGCUGCGCCAGGACAUCCUGCUGAUGAAGCCGUACUUCAUCACCUGCAAGGAGGCGAUGGAGGCACGGCUGCUGCUGCAGCUGCAGGACCGGCAGCACUUUGUGGAGAACGACGAGAUGUACUCGCUGCAGGACCUCAUCGACAUUGAGGCCGGGCGCCUGAGCUGCUCCCUGACCGAGAUCCACACCCUCUUCGCCAAGCACAUCAAGCUGGACUGCGAGCGCUGCCAGGCGAAAGGCUUCGUGUGCGAGCUCUGCAAGGAGGGCGACGUGCUUUUCCCCUUCGACAGCCACACCUCGGUGUGCACCGACUGCUCCGCCGUCUUCCACAGGGACUGCUACUACGACAACUCCACCACGUGCCCCAAGUGCGCCCGGCUCAGCCUGCGGAAGCAGUCCCUCUUCCAGGACUCCGUGGCCGAGGCAGAGCCCUAGGGAGGGCCCAGCCCCAGGCGUGGGCUCUGCAGGCUCCCAGCCCGUGGCCCCGGCUCUGCCGCGAGCGCGCCAGCGGAGCCGGAGGAACGGGCUCUGCCAGGAAGGGCAAGGGUGCCAGGACGGGGCUGAGGCUGCCCUGGAUUUCUCUCCAUCUCCACGCGCUCCCAAAGGGCUGGGCAGGGUGUGCGGGAGGAGAGCCGGGAGCUGGGGGGGGGGGGGGUCCUGCCCUGGGGGGGCUGCCGGCAGCCACCGUGCAUGGCCCUGCCUGGUUGGACACUACCUGCUUGGAUGCUGCUGGCGUGGGGGAAAUACCACUUGGUUUUGUUCCCCCUGCUCCAUGGGACACACUUUAGCACAGUGAAGGACAGGGCCAAGGGGUUGGGGGGAAAGAGGGGGGGGGGAGUUAAGGGCAGUGCCCGUGUGUGACACUACGGCAGGGGUCCUGCACGCUGCUGGUCCCCCCCCACUCUCGCGGUUGCUCGCUGCUGCUCGUGGAAGCCCCCACUGCGUGUGGCCCCCCACCCGUGUCCUGUCCCCCAACACUGCUCCUGCAACACUCGCCCGGU